AUGGUCAAAUUCAAUGUGGACAUUCCGUGGGAGGAACUCUCAGCACCAGAGCAAACUGAGGGUUACCUAGGUCUUCAACCGCACUCUGAGGUCCUAGCAAAAGGCACUUCAACUGCACCAGGACGAUUGAUCUUACCCUGUGACAUUCUUGUUGAGCACGACGUCGCCAUUUCGGUCAGAGAUGGCUGCACCCUUUACGCGGAUGUUUACCGACCCCCCGACGCUCUCGAUAGAACCACACCAGCAGUUCUCUCCUGGAGUCCCUUUGGCAAAAAGUUCAAUGGGAUACAAUCCCUCAAGUUGAUGACACCAUGGAAUCUCGGUAUUCCUGAGGAAGCGCUCAGCGGCCUGGAGAAGUUUGAAGGUCCCGAUCCCGCCGAAUUCGUGAAUCGCGGGUACGCCAUCGUUAAUGUGGAUUCUCGCGGGGCAUUCGACUCGGAGGGAGUAAUGGCAAUCAUGGGGACUCAAGAGGCGGAAGAUGGAUACGAUGUGAUUGAGUGGAUUGCCAAGCAAAGCUGGUGCAAUGGAAAUGUCGGCAUGGCCGGCAACUCCCACUUGGCGAUUGUCCAGUGGUUCAUCGCCGCCUUACAGCCACCAUCACUGAAGGCCAUUGCACCUUGGGAAGGGUGUGGGGAUCUCUAUCGGGAACAGUUCGCAAGAGGGGGUAUAUAUGGUGGUGAUCUUUUCGACAAUCUCAUUAUCAAGUACAUGCUUCGAGGGAGAUACGGGAUUGAGAGUUUCCGCAAAAUGUUCGAGCAGCAUCCUCAUGCAAAUGACUGGUGGAAUGACAAACGGCCUGACAUGACCAAGAUCAAUAUCCCGACGUACAUCACUGGUACAUAUACGAACACCAUGCACGGAAUGGGAGCGAUCAGGGGUUGGUUAGAAGUGAACUCUCCUCACAAAUGGCUUCGUUGGCAUCCUUAUCAGGAGUGGUAUGAUAUUUGGGGUAACCAGGAAGGGCGAGACGAGCUUUUGUCUUUCUUUGAUCGGUAUUUGAAGGACAUCAGCAAUGACUGGGAAACGACACCUCGAGUUCGAAUGUCCCUCCUGCGAUUCGGGGAGAAAGCGCCGAUUGAGAAUAUCGUCGAGUCAGAAUUUCCGCCGUCGCGCACCAAGUACCGGAAGGCAUACUUGACACCCGAUGGCUUGAAUUUUGAUAAGCCAUCUGGUCCUGAGACAGCGGCCUCGUACAAUUCUCAAGAUCCAGAUGCAGGUGUGGUUUUCAAACACACAUUCUCUGAGCGGACGCAACUCAUGGGCAUUCCCAAGGCAGUGCUCUACAUGCACUGUGACGAUCUUGACGACAUGGAUGUAUUCGUCGUUCUGGAGAAGAUAUCGAAAUCUGGCGAAAGAUUGUUGAACUUCAACAUUCCUUGGAAGAAUUUGCCGGUCUCAUCAAUUGCAGAGAUACCAGAAAAAGAGCAUUCUGAGCUCAUCCUUUACCAAGGUCCCACAGGGAUUCUGCGUGCAUCAAACCGAGAAAUAGAUGCUUCUCGGUCUAUGCAUCUAAAUUGGCCCUUCUACACACACGAAAAAAUGGAGAAGGUUGUGCCUGGCACGGUGGUGCGGUUGGAGAUUGGGAUAUGGGUCAUGGGGAUUGAAUAUGAGGCUGGGGAGUCCCUGCAGCUGAGAAUCAGUGGUCGCUAUCAGGGCUUUUCCAAGUUUGGUGCCGAUCAUACUUUGAACAGGGGACUGCACUGGGUGCAUAUGGGAGGAGGUUAUGACAGUCAUCUAGUGCUUCCUUUUGUGUAG